GACUUAUUUAUAAAUUUGGCUAACUUAUGCGAAAGAUUCAAUGUUAAGUUCACUUCUCGUGCGUUCUAGUCGUUCAGUGACCUGCCAACUUUCAGAUGCAUAGACAUCUCUUCAUUUGAUUUUCCUUCAUCAAUAAGUCAAAUCCACAAGUACGGAAUUCUACAUAAAGAGAAAUGGAAAAUCCAAUUUUAGAAAACAUAAUAACAUUAUAUAAAGAUAAGAAAUGGAAAGAGAUCAUUUAUUUUUUUAACACUUGUAACACUGCCGAUACUCGUAAACUACUUUGGAUCUCGCCAACCUUGCAAGACAUAUCGUGGAUAACGAGUAUCAUUACUGAAAACAAUUUGCGGGGCAUUGUCAGUGUCGGUUGCGGUUGUGGUUUACUGGAGUGGUUAAUUCAACAAAAUACUGACUGCGACAUUCUUGGUGUAGAGAUCGAUCAAUCAUGGUGGUGCAGCAGAUAUUCGCCUCCCAUCUUCCUGAAAAACAUGAUUUUCAUCAGUGACCCAGAAAGUGUUGUUGAAGUGCCAGAAAGCUAUGCUCUCUUAUUAUGCUAUUUUAAUAAUGGACCGGUAUUUUUGAAAUAUCUGAAGGAGUACAAAGGAAAUGUAAUUUUCGUCAUUGGACCAGAUGCUGGUCAAAACCGUUACACAAAUCCACUGCCUUUCGAUCAGCAAUUUGCUAAUCAUGGCUGGAAACUAAGUUUAUCGAAGGAAAUUGUACUUUCAAAAGACUACAUAUGUAUAUAUGUACGUUAGGUAGUUAAGUUUCUUAAGUAAAUGGGACCUCAAUUUUAAAGCUCGUGA